CUUUGUAAGAACACACACACACACACACACACACUAAAACAUACGUUUCCUCUUCCAAACCUCAAAGCUUACCAAGAUUUACACACACCACACCACACCACACCACACUCACACUCUCUCCUCUCUCUCUCUCUCUCUCUGUCUCUCUUUGUCUCUCAUACACACACACACACAGAAAAAAUUCUCUCUCUAAAUGACUUUCCGUCCACGCCACCUCGGCGGUGUGAACUCACCACCGCCGACGCCGUCGGUCGAAACUCUGGACUCCGACUUCGUCGUAAUCCUUGCCGCUCUUAUCUGCGCGCUCAUCUGCGUACUUGGCCUGGUUGCAGUGGCUCGCUGCUCCUGGAUCCGCCGCUUCACCGGCAGGAACUCAACGCCUACUGAGUCGGGGGCGCCUCCGAGGUCGGCGGCAAACAAAGGCUUGAAGAAGAAGGUUUUGAAGUCGCUGCCGAAGCAGACCUAUGGAGAAGACAAGGAGCAGGCUGGGAAGCUCUCCGACUGCGCCAUUUGCCUGGCGGAGUUCACCGACGGGGAGGAAAUCCGCGUGCUGCCGCAGUGCGGACAUGGAUUUCACGUUGCUUGCAUUGACACGUGGCUAGGAUCUCAUUCGUCGUGUCCGUCUUGCCGCCAGAUUCUGGUGGUGGCUCGGUGUCAGAAGUGCGGCAGUUUGCCAGCAGGCACCGCUUCCGCCGCCGGCAGAGCUCAGCCUGAGCUAAGUGACAACCAUGUGAAUAGGUUUCUGCCUUAAUUUAAUUACUGCGUAGCUUAGAUCAGAGCAAGGAUUUCUGAAAUGGGAAGAUUGCAGCUACAAAUUACAAGGGUUUUUCCUCUUUCCGAUUUCCCUAAUUUAAUUUUGCAAUGUGUGGUAUGGGCGUACACUGGUAAUUCCAAAAUUCAGAUUAACAUUUGGUAACUCAAA